CUUGCAUGCGUUGUAUUUCUCUGUGCCGUUUUAACUGUUGUCCAUACCUCUUUUGACAUUCCCGGCAGUACGUUUGCUAGCAACAUGUGAACGGUUUACAGCAACAUUCAAGCAGAAGUGGGCAACAGCUAUUGAGGCAGCAGCGCCAGCGCCGCUCUCUCUCUCUCUCACCCUGUUUCUCUGUGUGUGGAAAUUAAUAAUAAUACUUCAAAUAAUAAAUAUAAAAUUUAAGGUUUUUUUUAUUCAAAGCAAAAGAGAAAAACCAAAUCAGCGAAAAGCCGCCGCAAACGGCUUAGAGGCGAUCUUUUUUGUGUAAGCCCCCGCCCCCUUUAAGAACCAAUGUUCGCACGCAGCAGCAGCAGCGCUAGCGUCGCCGCCGCUGUCGCUGCCGCUGCCGUCGCUGUCGACGUCGUUGACUGUGUCCCGUUCGCCGCUGCCGUGUCGCGUCGCGUCGCGCUCUGUGUUUGAAAGGCCUAAAAAAAACUCGGGUGUGUUCGUUCGGCGGCGCAGAGCAAUGUGAAAGAAAAUUUUUGUACAACGUUCAUUUGUGCUCCAAAAAAAGAUAAGAGUCAAAAUAAAAGAAGAAAAAAAACGUUGCAAAUAUACGAAAAUUUAUCAAGAAUCUAAAGAUAAGAAGCAACAACAAAAAAAAAGAGCAGUGUGUGUGUGUAAAUAGAUAAAAAGCUAAAGCUGAAAAAAGUUCUAUAAGAAAGAUCUAUAAAAAUUAAACGGAAAUAUAUUACAAGAAUAUCCAUAAAAUAACGAGGAAAUCCCUUAUUCAAACAAAAGUGUUGGAAAAAGCAUAAAACAACAACAAAUUGCAACAACAACGGGCGCAAGAUGCCUGUGCAAUAGCCAUGUGCCUAGGCAGAUGUUGUUGCCUGUUGCAACAACAAAACAAAAAACAACGACAGCACCAACAACAACAACAGAAGCAGCAGCAUCAGCAAGACCCGCGAUAACACAAACUUCAACAACCACUCCAGUGUUGAAAAACGACAGAGAAAAGAGAAGCAAACCAACACACGCAAAAACCUAACCUCAAAAGUGAAGUUUUUCCAAAAAUAUAUAUAUUUUUUUGAGAGUGCAUUUCUCUGUCUCUGUGUGUGUGAGUGCGUGUGUGCGAGUGGGUUUUGUGUGUGUGUUUGUGUGUGCGGUGCGUCUGUUGGGAGUAUUAGAAUGUGGCAAUGCAAUGCUGUUGAGCAGCUCCCAAAUAAUUACAACACGAAAAUCAACAGCAGCAACAUCAUCAACAACAUCAACAACAGCAAGAAUACGUUCAACAACACCAAGAAAAGGUUCAACAACACGAAGAAAUCGUUCAGCAACUUCAAAAACACCAAGAGUACGUUCAACAACAGCAAGAAGAGCUUGAAAAACACCAAUCCCAUUUAAGCAGCACAACAACAAGAGUGUUUGAAGCCAAAAAAAAGAGUUCGGCAUGAAAUGGAAGCAGCUAUACGCUCCUCUUCAGUGCAGGUCGGUGCUCCGCCGCCCACAAAUAACCCACAAACGGUGCACAGCAGCAGCAGCAGCAUCAACAGCAGCAGCAGCAGCAGCAGCAACAACACCAACAGCAACAACAACAACAACACCAGCAACACCAACAACACCAACAAGCUUCAACAACAGCAUCAACAACACCAACAGCAACAGCAGCAGCAACACCAACAACACCAACAGCAGCAGCAACAGCAACACCACCAGCACCAGCAACAGCUUCAUCAUCAUCAUCAGCAGCAGCAGCAACAGCAGCAGCAACAACGUGUUGCAAGCAGUAGCCUGCAACACCAGCAACAGCAACAUGAUAAUGGACCAACGUCCCAUCAUUUGCAUCAAUCAUCAGCCUCCAAUCAGCAGCAGCAGCAGCAGCAGCAGCAGCAACAGCAACAAAGUAAAGCAGUGCAACAGCAGCAGCAGCAGCAACACCAACAACACCAAAAGCAGCAACACCAACAGCAACAACAGCAGGCUGCCAAUAUGUCCGCGUAUCAGCAGCGUCUGCCAGCCGGUGCAUCACCGAUACACAGGACCUUGGAGCAGUCGCAGCAGUAUGCCAAGAGUCUGGGACACCUGCAGCAACAGUCGCACCACGCCCCCCAGCAGCAACAGCAGCAGCAGCCACCCACAUCCCAGCAGCAGCAGCAGAUGCACCACCAUCAGCAGCAGCAGCAGCAGCAGCAACAACAGCAGCAGCAGCAUCACCACCAGCAGCAGCAGCAGUCCUCGCGUACCGCGGCCAGUCCACUGUCGCCGCCCCGUUCGGGUCCGCCCAGUGGGAACAGCAGUGCGGCAGCGGCGGCCGUCAACAAUUACACGAAAUUUGGCGAGGCGCCGCCCCCGCCCCAGCAUCGGUUCAUCCCGCAGCCGGCGUUCAGCAUCGCCCCGGCGCCCACCUACCGCGAGAAUCCCUACACAUGCCUCACCCAAAUGCAGCAGGCCGCCAUGCCGCAGUACCAGCGGCCGGCACGGACGGCGGUGGCGGCAGUGGCUUCCGGCGCUGGGUGCAAGCCGGGUCAGGGUCCAGGUCCAGGACAGGGCUCGAGCAGCGGCUCUAAUCCCGGCGGCGGUGGCGGUGGCGGAGUGGUCCAGGUGCCGUCCGGCGGGGUGCUGGUCAUGGAGGCCAUGUCCCACUAUCCCAAUCAGCCAGGAUCCUCCGUUGGCAGCCAACAGCAGCAACAGCAGCAGCAAGGAGGCAGCGGAGCGGGCGCAGGCGGGGCUGGGAGCGGCGGAGGCAGCAUAAUGCUGGGAAAUCUAGGGCGCAUCCUCCUGCCCCACUCUGUGCAGUACACCACCGAAUACCUAACCAAUGCCACAGCAGCGGCCGGGGCAGCGGUACAGGUGAACCAGCGUCAGCAGCACCAGCAGCAGCAGCAGCCGGAACCCUUUGGGGCAGGAGGCGGAGUUGGCAGCCAACAGCCGUACAAGAAGCAGCGACUGAGCGAUGGCAAUCCCAGUGGGCUGAACCACCUGCCUCCACAUCAGCAGCAGCAUCAACAGCAGCACCACCAGCAGCAGCAACACCACCAGGCGCAGCAGCAGCACCACCACCAGCAGCAGCAGCAGCAGCAACAACAGCAACAGCACCACCACCAGCAACAGCAGCACCAGCAACAGCGUUCCUCGCCAGCGCAGAUGCAGGCGCAGAUGAACAGCAGCCAGCGGCAGAGCAACCACGAGCUCCACCGUCAAAUGUCAGCAGGAGCAGGAGGCAGCGCAGGUGGAGCAGCAGGCGCCGUGAUGUCCGGGGGGCCGAUGGGCAUGCAGCUUAAGGUGGAGACGAUACCGCCGCAGAUGUCCUCGGCGGCGCCGCACACGCCACGUGUACCGCCCUCGUCCAGCACCACCACGAUGGCCACGGGAAUGCAGGGCAUGGGCAUGAGCACGGUGACGGUCUCCACAGCAAUGCCGAGCAGCAGCAUCAGCAGCAGCAUCAGCACCAGCAUCAGCAGUGGCAGCAGUAGCCAUGCCACAGCAGGAGCCGCAGGACCGUCCACCUCUGCAGCGGCAGCAGCAGCAGCCGCUGCCAGCAGUACUGAGGCCUACCAUCCACAGGUGGAGGCCAUUUCCCCCACGCUGCCCAGCGACAAUGCCAUCGACGAACGUGGCCGGAUCACCGCCAAGGAGGACCUCCUCAUGCAGAUCCAGAAGGUGGACAACGAGAUCAAGUCCGCGGAGACCGGCAUGGAGGCGCUGCGGAAGAAGGAGAAGACCCUCAUGGAGUGGGCGGCCCAUUCCAAGCAGAAGAAGGCGCGAUCGUCGCCGCCGCCUGCCGAUGCGGCCAGCACUAGUGCUGCUGCUGGAGAAACCACAGCUGCCAACAACAACAACAACAGCAGCAACAAGGACAACAACAACAAGGACAAGGACGAUGGGGGCGUUGUGGAGGUGGAGGUGGUGGAUCUGUCGAUGCGCAGCCAAAUGCUGGCCGAGAAGAUCUAUGCGGCGAACCGAGCGAUGGCCCAAGAUCGACAUUCCAUGGUGCAGCGGGCCGCCGGAUUCUCUUUCGCUCUCGAUGCAAGAGAGGCGGCUGCGGAGAGCGGGGAGCAGGAACAGCACCGGCAGCAGCAGCACCAGCCGUAUAUGCCGCUCUACAAUCAACCGCUGGACGUGGAGGCGCUGGCGCUGCUGAUAAAGCAGCACCACAGCCACGUGAAGGGGCCCCUCCUGCAGCACAUACGAAAGCUAAAGGCCGAGCGAUGCCAGCACCAGCAGACGCUGGUCGAUAAGUACGCCAAGGAUCAGGCGGACUGGCAGCGGCGGUGCGAGCGGGCGGAGGCGAGUGCCAAGCGGAAGGCGCGCGAGGCCAAGAACCGCGAGUUCUUCGAGAAGGUGUUCACGGAGCUGCGGAAGCAGCGGGAGGACAAGGAGCGCUUCAACCGCGUCGGGUCGCGCAUCAAGUCGGAGGCGGAUCUCGAGGAGAUCAUGGACGGGCUGCAGGAGCAGGCCCUCGAGGACAAGAAGAUGCGCUCCUACGCGGUCAUCCCGCCCCUCAUGCACGACGCCCGCCAGCGCCACUGCGCGUACCACAACGAGAACGGCCUCAUCGAGGACAUGUCCACCGUCUACAAGCAGCACAAUGCCGUCAAUCUGUGGACCGCCGGCGAAAAGGAAACCUUCAAGGAGAAGUAUCUGCAGCACCCCAAGAACUUCGGGGUGAUCGCCGCCAGCCUCGACCGCAAGUCCCCGCAGGACUGCGUCCGCUACUACUACCUCAGCAAGAAGCAGGAGAACUACAAGCAGCUCCUCCGCAAGUCCCGCCAGCGCACGCGCAGCUCCCGCAACCCGGCCAAGGCCCAGGCCGCCCAGCCCCAGUGCAUCAUCGACUCGCUGACGACGGGCGUCACCACACGCCUGCAGCGCGAGCAGCAGCAGAAGUCCGGCGGCCGUUCCUCGGCCAUUGCAGAGCGCGAGCGCGCCGAACGGGCCGCCGAGCGGGAGCGGGUCGCCGAGAAGGCUGCCGCCGAUGCCGCCAAGGCGGCCGAAAGUGCCGCUGAGAAGGCCAGCGCCGUCACCAAGGCGGUCGAGGCCAUUGUCGUUAGCGAGAAGGUGGCCAAGGCAGCCGCUGCUGCUGCCGCCGCCGCCGCUGCUGCCGUAACGGCGAUGCCUUCAACAUCAGCGGCAGCAGCAGCAGCAUUGGCAGCCGCCGAAAAGGCGGACUUGGCGGCGAAGGCCACCAGCACCAGCAGCGAGAAGAAUGCCGCCAAAGCAGCAGCAGCAGCCACCGCAUCAGAGAUCUCAUCGGGCAGCAGCACCACCACCAGCACGAGCACGGGCACGAGCAGCAGCAACAGCAACAGCACCAGCAACAGCAGCAGCAGUGAGGCCAAAGCCAAAGCAGCCACAGAGGGUGCCCCAGCGUCAACAGCAGCAGCAACAGCAGCAGCAGCUGCAGAAGCAGCAUCUACAUCUUCAGCCACCUCCUCCGCAUCAUCAUCUUCAUCAGCGUCAGCCGCAGUCGCAGGCGCAGCCUCAGCGAAGACAGCAAAAGGAGCCACGUCAGGGGCCACUCCUGGAGCUAUGGAAACAGUCCCUGCGACCACGUCCACAAGCACAGCCAAGGGCAAGGCGGAGACAGCAGCAGCGUCGGUGGCAGCCGCCUCGUCCAAGGCGAAGGCGGAGGCGGGCACUGGCGCUGGCGCUGGAGGAGCCGCCUCUGAUCUGCAGGCCAAGGGAAGCCAGAAGGCGGCCAAGACCGAGGUCUACAAUGCAACCGGAGAACGCGCCAACAAUCCAGCAACAGCAGCCACAGCAGGAGCCACAGGAGCCACAACAGCUGCUGCUGCACCGCCAGUGGGCGUGACAUUGAAUGGCUUUAAGCCCGGCUACCAGAGCGUAGUGAUGGCCAACGUGAAGGCCUCCUCCGCCGGCGGCAGCAGCAGCAGCGAAGAAGCGGCAGCUGGAGGAGGAUCCGGAACUGGAUCUGGCGCCGGUGUUCCUGGCGUCGCUGGCGUAGCGGCGACGAAUGCAACGGGCGGCGAUAAAAUCGGCGUCAAGCAAACGCCAGCAUCGACUGCGGCCAGCGGAAGUUUUGCCCUGCCCCCCAGCUCGUCGGCCUCGACGGAGCAGCACACGGGAGUGGGAGUGGGAGUGCCCACAUUGACGACGGCCACCACGGCGGGCAACUAUCUUGGCCAGAAGCUGAAGGCAGCUCAGGUGGAGGGCCUGGGUGCCGGCAACGAUCUUCUCUCCGAUGUCAGUGAUUCCAAGAGAAAGCGCUACAGCGAGAUGACAGCCAACGAAGUCCAUCAUCACCACAGCAACAGCAACAGCAAUAGCAACAGCAUUAAGGCCAAUGCCAAUGCCAAUGCGAAUGCCAAGGACAUCAACAAGAUCCCAUCCUCAUCAUCCGCGGCGGCUGGAUCGGCGGCAGCAACUGCUGGAUCCAUGGUCAAUUCAUCAACGGCCACCUCGACUGCCGGCCUGCUGAUCUCCGCCGUCGACUGCAUUAUGUCCACUUCAGCGUCGAGCGGUGCCCUUACCACGGCGGCCACAUCGUCCACAUCCGCAACCACAUCGAUGGCCAUGCAGAUGGCAUCCGCCGACGGCAGUGGCAGUGGGAUCGCAUCCAACAACUUGGAUGGCCUAGCACUGGACGGCAAAGACAAGCUGGCCAACUGCUUCGUGUGCAAGGCGGAGGCAUGUCCAAGGACGCGGCCCCUGAAGAAGGGCCGUGGGCAGCAGUAUGGCAUACCGGACGAGUCGAUACCGGCAGGGGCGCGGGUGUGCAACAGCUGCCAGUGCAAAUCGGUGCGGAACCGCUACCCGAGCUGUCCCCUUUCGACGUGCCCCAACCCCAAGGAACGGGCACAGCGGCUGCACAACAUACCGACGCGACUGUUCGAGCUGGCGCCCGAGGUGCGCGAUCCCGUGAUGGCGGAGCUCCAGAUACCGCCGCACGCGACGCGCUGCUGCUCCGCCUGCCUCAUGCGCAUCCGGCGCAAGCUCGACCCUCAGCUGAAUCUCACGGACGCUGCCGGCGGCGGGGGCAGCGGCGGCGACGAGACGGACGUCAGCACCUCGUCCUGCGACGAGCGAGAGCCUGGCGGCUCCGACACAGCCUCCGUGGAGAGUCCCGAGAAUCUGCAGCGCCACAAGCCCCUGACCCUGACCAAGCAGCAGCAACAGCACCAGCUGGGGAUCCAGUUGCCCCAGCCGCCUCCGCCAGUCCCCCAGCAGCAUCCGCACCAGCAGCAGCAGCAGCAACACCUGCACCAGCAGAAGCCCUCGCCCGUGGGCGUGGGACUGCGCGGAAUUCCCGAGCUGCCGCUCAUCAUCACCCCCACGCGGAUGAGCUCCAAGGCACCGUCGGCGGCGGACAACGAGCGCCUGCUGCCCCCGGCCGCUGGACAGGCGCCCAAGAAGCAGAAGACCAGCGAGGAGUACGACUCUUCGGCCACGGAGACGGCCGACGAGGAGAACGAGAACUCUCCGGCCAACCGCCAGAGCCCCAAGGUGCUCUUCAACGCUGUCCACGCCCACGGUCACGGCCAUGUCCACGGACACGUGCACGGACCUGGACACGGCCAUCCGCAUGCCCACGGGCACGGCCAUGGACACGGACACGGACAUGGACACGGACACGGUCAUGGCAGCAACAAUGUAGGCGGACUGCAGCCACCAAACGCCGCAGGAGUGGGAGUGGUGAUGGGAGGAGCCGGAAUGGGAGGAGUGCCGCCCGGAAUGAGUCCCGGAAUGGGAGUCGGACAGCAGGGGCAGCAGCAGCAGCAACAGCAGCAACCACAGUCGCAACCGAUGAACGGUCCCAUCAGCAUGCGCCGUGAGGCGGUCAACAAUGUGCAGGACUGCGUCUUCUCCGUGAUCGAGCGGUCGCUGAAGCACAAGGGACCGGAGCGCAAACAGUCCACGCAGCAGUCCUCCUCUGCCGGAGGAAUGCCCCCCAGCCAGGCCGCCUCCCAGCAGCAGCAACAGCAGCAACAGCAGCAGCAGCCGCCUCCCUCCCAGCAUCCGAACAAUCUGGAGCGCAAGGAGCUCACUAUAGUCCGGGAGUAUCGGCAGGACGGGAAUACGGCUAUCCUCAAGCAACAGCAGCAGCAGCAGGUGGUGGGUGGACCGCCCAGCGGCCUGCCGCACGGCACAUCCGUGCAGAAGCUGCCGUCGCGUCCAGCGGCCGUGCCACCGCCGUCAUCCUCCAGCAGCGGCAACGGAACCAGCAGCAGUAGCGACGGCAACCUGGCCACCCUCUCCGUCGUCAACUCCCAUCUGGGGGGAGUCGGUGUGGGCGUGGGUCCGCUAACACAUCCCGGACUUAUAGGCCAUCCCGCCGCCACGUCCGUGGGAGUGGGUGCCAGUGUUGGGGACAAGGCCACCAUUACGCCCGUUGUAAAGACCGGAAUAGGUGCGGGCUCCUCCAAGGGCGGGCUCCCGUCCAGCCACUCAGCACCGCCGCCACUCGGCACCGAGACGAUCAUCUACAAUGUCCCCACGAGUCACGGACCGCCACCCACCCAUCCGCAGCGGGGAGUGCCGCCACCAAGCCAACAGGGGUCGGACUCGGAGCCGCAGACCCUCGACUUGAGCAUCAAGAAGCCGCCGAGAGACAGGGAUGGCCACUCGCCCCACACGGGACCUGGCGGAUCGGGUGGAUCUGGUCCCGGGGGAUCCGAGCGGCACCAUGUGCCACCGCCCUCAAUGUCCAGCGCCAUGAAGCACAUCGUCCGAUCCACGGCCAUGUAUCGCGGAGAGGCGGUCUCCGUGCCGACGCUGGCGACGGCCGGCUCCUACAUGUACCAGCAGCCGCACGGCCCGCUCAAGGUGACGGGCGGACCCGAAGUGGGACCCCUGGCCGGAGCCGGGCCCGGGCCGGGUGGCUCGAUCUACGUCCAGCCAGUACCAGUACCUGUACCCAUCUCCAUUGGCCAGGGCCAGAUGCCGCCGCGCUCCAGCCAGCCGCCCCCGGCCCAGCCCCAGCACCAGCCACCGCCCCCGUCGGGCGGACGAGUGUCCUCCAAGGUGCAGCCGAAGCUCAGUCCCCAGCAGGCGCACCAUCUGCAUCCGGCCCACGCCCAGCACGGCCCCCACCCGUCGCACCAUCCGUCACACCCAUCGCAUCCGUCGCACCCGUCACAUCCCUCGCAGCACGCCUCGCCCUCCCAGCAGCAGCAGCAGCAACAGCAGCAGCAGCUGCUGGUGAAGAGCGGCUCUAUCACACACGGAACCCCGGCGAAUAGCGCCCAGCAGCAGAUCAUCGUGCACGCGGCCACCUCCUCUUCGAUGCUCAGCCCCAAGUUCGAGAGCAUGGUGCGCCAGACGCCACCCGGAGUCGUGUGUCCGCCGGACAGCGGCAAGCAUGGCUCCAUCACGCAGGGCACGCCCCUCCAUCUGCCGCAGCACCAUCUGGAGAGCAAGCGGGCGUACGAAUUCUACAAGAGCUCGCAGCGCCACAGUCCCGCGCAGGCGGGACCCGGGUCCGGACCAGGUGGGCCCGUGCCCGGCCAGCUGCCGCCACCACCGCAACAAUCCUCGCCCCAAGCACCGCCCCCGCAGGGAUAUGGCGUCGGGGUGGGUGUCGGCGUGGGCUCUCCCUACGGCCGCUCCCCCUUCGUUGGGGAGCAGGCCCCGGUGCUGAGCACGCGGCAGAUCGUGAUGCACGACUACAUAACCUCGCAGCAGAUGCAGGGCCAGCAGCAGCAGCGCAACGUCUCGCGCGGCAGCGCCAGCGACAAGGACAAGGAGUCGCCCUCUCCGCGCAACAGCGUCGGCAGCAGCAGCGGCGGCUUCGCUUACGACAAGGAACCGACGCCACGUGGCCGGCCCGAGUACUCGAGCCGUGCCUCCCCAGCGGACCAUGCCAACAGCACACCCAGUCCACAUCGUACGCCUCCGCCGCAACGUCAGGGUGUGAUACAACGCCACAACACAGGUUCCAAGCCACCCUCGCCCGCUGCUCCGCCGCCAAGCCGCAUGCACAUCGUGACGCCCUACCAGUAUCCACCAGCUGGCCACGAUGCAUUGGCCUCGUUUGUAGACGUGGCCGUCCAGCAGCCACAGCUGCCGGUACCGUCGCAGAAGGGCGACAAGUCGCCGGGCGCAGGAGGACCACCAGGUCCAGGGGGUCCCCAUGCCGGACCACAGGCCCCGCCGCCGCAUGCCGUGGCAGUGUCCCAGGUGCCGCCGGCAGCCCAUCAUGACAUGCGGUACCGCGAUAUGGCCAUACACCAGCAAAUGGUGCACCAGCAGCAGCUCGUCCAGCAGCAGCUUGUCCAGCAGCAGCAGCAGUACCGCCAGCACCUGCAGCGCCAGCAGCUGCAGCAUAAUCAUGCCAUCGAGCGCGACCGCGAGCUCCUCCAGAACCAGGAGCGCAUGCAGCGCGAAAGGGACCGCGAGCGUGAGCACGAACGGGAGCGGGAACGAGAGCGCGAGCGGGAGAGGGAGCGCGAAAGGGAACGGGACCGUGAGCGGGACCGUGAACGGGAGCGAGAACGAGAGCGUCGCGAGCAGGACAGAGAGCGCCGCGUGGUGGCCGAAGAGCGGGAGCGCCGCAUGGAGCGGGACCGCAUUUUCGCCGGCGGCGUGGUCACUGCAGCCGGACCCGGUGGCCCCCCACCGCCAGGACACUACAUACGCGCCCCAGUCCCCGAGACGGGACCACCGCGCUCCAUUCCCGAUCGCGAGCGAGAAUACUAUCGGCCCCCACAUGCCAGCCAGCCCACUGAGGAUGUCCCUGGCCAGUUGAGCGCCCAGAACCUGAUCGAUGCCAUCAUCAAGCACCAGAUAAGUCGCUCCAACGACGCCACCGGAGCCACCGGGCGCGAGUACACGCGAGCCCCAUUCGUAAGUCAUCUAGAGCUGAAACCACCCAACGUGGAGGCAUCCGAACUAACAAAUUCUCCCUCCCACGCCCUAUUCGCCCUCCAGCAAUACCAUCGACAGCCGCUGGAGCUGGCGGCGGAGAACAAUGGCAAGGCCAACUCCCAGUCCCCGAACGUCAUCAACAUUGAUCUGGACCAGGAGCGCCUCUCCGCCGCAGCCGCCGCGGCGACGGCUGCCAUCCAGCAGCAGCAGCAGCAACAGCAACAGCAACAACAGCAACAGGGUCCUCCGCCGCAGCAGCAGUCGAGCCAGUCGCGAUCCGUUCACGGAUCGAUGCGCGGCCAGCCGCAUACGCCCACAUCCCAGGCGCAGGGUCCCGGACCAGCACCCAGUCCCCAGCAGAUCCACACCAAGAGCAUCACCUUCGGAGAGCUCACCGACUCGAUCAUCACCAACGACUACGUCUCGAAUCCACACAUGCGGCCCACGCCCCCAUUCAUGACCUACAUGGAGGGGCCGCCGCAGACGAUGCUUCCGCCAGACCGCUGGAAGCAGAACCGACGCAUGCAGCACAAGGCCGAGGAGGCCAAACACCAGGCGCAGCAGCAGCAACAGCAGCAGCAGCAGCAACACCACCACCAGCAGCACCAGCAACAGAAGCAGCACCACCAGCAGCAGCAGGGCAUGCCCGGCAGCGGUGGUCCUGGCGGCGGACCCAGUGGGGGACCAGGAUCCUCCGGAGGUCCGCCCGGCGUCAGGGCAAACACGCCCGAGGACGGACGCAACAUCAUCCGCAUGCCCCAGCCGGUCAGUCCCCGCAACUACGCCCACGAGCUUAUGCUCCACCAGGCUGUGGUGGCCGGCGGAGACCCCGGCCACUACUACCUGCCCGGCCCCAGCUCGGUUGUGGGUCGCGUGGGCGUUCCUCCGCCCCCCGACCAGCGUGUGCCGGGCGGAGGCGGUGCGGACGGAUCCGUGACCACCAUAUACAAAUACGUGAAGAACCGCAUCGCGGAGGUGAUGCGUGACGGCGUCAGCUAUGCCAAGAACCGCAUUGUGGAAGUGCGAUCGGAUGACGAUCCCGGCGACCUAGUGGCCCAGUCGAACGCAGUCGCAGCGCACACCGCCCACAUGGUAGCCGCCUUUGAGCACCAGCAACAACAACAGCAGCAACAGCAGCAACAGCAGCACCGCAGCAAGGAUCCCCAGCAGCCGCCGCCGUCGCACGAGAUCAGCGUGUCCCGGAAGACGCCCAACCAGUACGAGGUGGUCGACGGCAGCGGUCGACGCUCGGGCGGCGCCGGCUCCAAUAGCCACCACCCGUCGGCCUACCAUCCGCCACCGCAGGCCUUCGCCGCCAGCACCUACACCUACCCGUUCAGCGCACUCACCGUGCCCAGCGCUGCGGGCGGGCUGCCGCCGCCGCCGCAGGCCAUGCAGCUGGCGCACCAGCCAGCGCCGCCCAGCCACCUGAGCGCCAAGACCAAGGCGGCGCACGCCCUGAGCGAUCUUGGGGGCGCGGGCGGGGGCGUUAGUCUAGUGGUGGGCGGCGGCGGAGCCGGCCUCGGACCCGGUGGCGUGGGUGGCCCCGGGGGUGGUGGCGGUGUCGGACAGGGGGGUGGCUCCCUGAGUUCCAGCAAAUCGGCGGCCGCAGCCGCCGCGGCGGCAGCAGCAGCAGCGGCCAGCGAGCCAAAGCCUCUGCUGUCGUCCAAGUACGAGGCACUGAGCGACGAAGAUUAGUUGUGACUGCAGGCGUCGUCGUCGGGUCUACGACAUCUGACGGCAGCAGCGACGGCGCCUCCAGCAGCAGCUUCAGCAUCAGCAGCAGCAGCGGCAGCAGCAGCGGUAGCAGCAGUCAACAACCCCCUCAGCCCGCUGAGUCUGGUCUACGGCUACGGCUAUCGACGGCACCAUCCGUCCGUGCAGCCAGCGCACUCUCAUCCGCACACGCUACCGCUCCCGCUUCCGCUUACACACCAGCAUACGCAUCCACAUGCCCAGCAGCUUCCGCUACCGCUGUCGCUAACGACGCAUCAGCAGCCCUCGCCCCGGCACCCCUACCAGCCGACGGCGUUGCCUCCACCCCUGCAGUCGCAGCAGCAGCAGCAGCAUCAUCAUCACCAGCAACAGCAGGCGCAUCAGCAGCAGGCGGCGCAGGAGGCGGCGCAUCAGCAGGCGGCGCAGCGAGCGCACCAGCAAGCAGCGGCCCAGCAAGCGCAUCUGGCGGCCCAGGAAGUGGCGCAGCAGCGGGCGGCACAGCAGCGGGCACUGUACUAUGCGAGCGAGCAUUACGCGGCCAGCGGCGGUGGCAGUGCUGCCGGCGGUAAUCCGGGCUACUACUGACACCAUCAGGAUCAGGAUCGUAUGUAAAGAGCGAAACGAUGCACCAACAGCUAUACGUAUAUAUAUACAGAUACAGAUAUAUCUAGGAACGAAGAGAGAGAGAAAAUGUAAAAAGCUAAACACAGAAGAGAGAAACGCGUUGGCAUAGGCCAUGGGCGAUAGGCGAUAGGCUUUAAGAGUUCAACGGCAAAAGUAAACACAGCGAGGUCGAGGGAGAGUGAGUCGGUGAGCUGGAGAGAUAGAGGGAGAAAGUUAACUGAUGCCCAAAUUCUUGGCACUCCUCCUCCCUCCCACACACACACACAUGCACGCACCCAUUGUUAGUGUAGUUAGGAUUAGCACAAAAGGAGGAGAGCGGAAAUGGAAAAGGAUUUAAGCUGGAAAUCGGCAAUCGGCAAUCGGCUAUUGGAAAUCGGAAUUCGGAAUUCGGAAAUCGGAUAUCUAUUUGACAUUUAUUUAGAUUUGAAGCUUAGAUUAGACGCAAUUACAAAUGAAAUUGUUUUUUAUUGGACUGGUACAUAUGUACAUACAUGCCUCCCACACCACCCCACUACCCCACCCCCCUAUUCCCCCUUGAGAGACAGAAGCAGACCUGCUGCUGCUGCUGCUCCUGCAACUCUUGGGCCCCACUCUGGACUCCACUCCACUUCACUCUCUCUCUCUCUCUCUUAGAUGGCGCUCACACUCACACAUGCACCCGCUCUUUAGAUAUUUGGAUCUCCCCUUUUUAGCUCCCCCACCCCUCCACUGUGAGAGAGCCUUUGGGUUCCAUCAAUGUCCUUUUUACUGUUCCCCUAUGUGUGUGUGUGGGUGUGUAAGUGUAUUUUGCGUUUGGUGUCUAUUUGCUGUCGUGCAACAAGUGUUUCCCUUCCUUCCCCUCCCCAACCGAAAGCCCCCCCCCCCACGCCCUCAGUCGAUAGAACAUUGUGAAUGGUAGUGACAAAAUAUAUAUAUAUAUAACCACAUAAAUGUAUGUAUAACAAGAAGCCACACACACAAUAUACAUAUACAUAUACAAAUACACAUAUAUAUAUAUAUACAUACACACACCGUAAACGUAUAGAUAAGAGUAAAUCAAGAGGAAAUAUAUAGAGAAACACACACUGUUGGGCUGUUCUUAGAAAAGAGAAAAAAGAUCUAAACAUAAAAGGAAAACGAAAUUAGAGAAGGAGGUAAAUUUAUUAUUUUAAACUGUAGCAUAACCUCUCCCGCCCCGCCCUCUCCCAACACACACACACACACACACACAUUAUUUAAACGACUUUUUGUAAAUUUCAUAAAAGAAAGAAGAAAAGAAAGAACUGCGCUUAAGUUUAGCGAGAGCAUCGUUUCAAUCGAUCUUAUCUAUACGUAACACUUUACGAUUACGAUUACGAUUACAAUUACGAUUACGAUUACGAUUAUUAUUCGUUUAUAUAUAUAUAUUAUAUUUUUUUUCAAUUUUAUAUACGCAAAAUUAAUUUACGAUGGAUUUCUGUGUGUUGCAUCCACUGUAAGCGAUCGCUAUUAUUGGAUUAUGAUUAUGUACUACGUUUACUGCUAAGCUAAUGAAAUGUCGCAUGUAAGUCAAAUAAAGAAACGAAAAGAAAACAAAAAAAAAGAAAAGAAAAGAAA